AUGUUGUUCGAGGUGAAAACGAGUAGACGGCGCUUUCUACUUCCGCUUAGCCUCUUUCUCACCAGCGACAUUAAGGAGAAGGCAGUGAUUUCUACAUCGCCAGCUUUUUAAUCCAUUAACAUCAUGACUCAAAGACUUACAUUCAGACGUCGACUGUCUUAUAAUACCAAGUCUAACCGAAGGAAGGUCUCCAAGACCCCUGGUGGUAAACUUGUAUAUCUUUAUGUAAAAAAACUUGGUACCAUACCUCGAUGUGGUGAUUGCAAGGAACCUUUGAGAGGAAUCACUCCAGCCAGACCCAUUAAAUGGAUGUCUAUGUCCCGACGACACAAGAAGGUAUCCCGAGCAUAUGGAGGUUCUAGGUGUCACAAAUGUGUUAGAAACAGGAUUGUGCGAGCAUUCCUUAUUGAAGAACAGAAGAUUGUGGUCCGUGUACUGAAGGCACAAGAAGGCAUGAAAAAAUAAAUUUUCAUGGCAUGUUAAUAAAUUUUGCUCUGUAA